UUAAAUGGAGUGCGCGUUCGUUAUAAUUUUUUGUUAAACUUUUUAGGUGGUUACUUAUUUUGUUACGACUCGCAAACUUUUUUUUUCAAUGGUUGAUAUGCAAUAAAUGAAAAUAAAGUAGCGUGGCGAGAAUUCUACUAGAGUAACGUUUUCGACGCUAAAUUUAAAUUUUAGUAAAGAUGUUUGAUAAUCUUUCUGGAGUUAGUUAUGGAUUAUUAGCUGGUAUACUUGCCAUGCUCAUUCACUUAGUUUACCAAAAAAUUACGGAACUUAAACGUCGUAAAGAUGAAUUGAAAGAGCGUGAAUCGCAUCCUACAGCUGAUUUAUUCCCGAAAGAAGAUUUUAUUCCAUAUCAUCCGUCUAGAUAUUCAGAAGAAGAAAUGAUAAAACGAAGUAACGACUUUUAUUUAAGUAUGAAUGCCAGAAGAUCGGUUCGAUUUUUUAGUAACGAAGGUGUUCCUGACGAAGUAAUUGACAAUAUUAUUCGAACAGCAGGAACAUCGCCAAGUGGAGCUCACACUGAACCUUGGACAUUUGUUGUUAUAAAAAAUAAGCUAUUAAAAGCAAAAGUACGAGAGAUAAUCGAAGAAGAAGAGGAGCUCAAUUAUAAGCAAAGAAUGGGCCAAAAAUGGGUCGACGAUUUAAAACCUCUAAAGACAAAUUGGAUAAAAGAAUACCUUACUGAGGCGCCUUAUUUGAUUUUAGUAUUCAAACAAACAUAUGGGAUUACAGAGGAUGGUCAAAAAAAAACACAUUAUUAUAAUGAAAUCAGUGCAUCAAUAAGUUGUGGAUUUCUUUUAGCAGCAAUCCAAAAUGCCGGACUGGUUGCUCUUACAUCUACACCGCUCAAUGCUGGAUCAAAGCUUCGUAAUCUAGUUGGUCGUGGUCCAAAUGAAAAAAUUGUUAUACUUCUUCCAGUGGGUUAUCCAUCAAAAAAUUGUCAAGUACCCAACUUAAAGAGAAAACCGCUCAAUGAAAUAAUGAUCAAGUUUGAUUGAUAAAAUUUUAAUGAAGUUCUUUAAAAAUAUUUUAGAUAUAAUAUAUAUUUUUUCACACCUAAAAAAUUUUUUUGUGUAUUUUGGU